AUGAGACGGUCCAGGAUGAAUGGCGUCUGGGACAUCGAUCUGUACACUUCGAAAAAGAAGUUGAACACAACGAAGUUUGUUCUAAAGAUGGAAGCAAGGUGGUUGCAGAUGAUAACUAAAAAGGACGUCUCCGAUACCGAGACACAGGCCUUCAAAAGCAUCGUCGAGACUGUUACCACCCAAACCAUCCGAGAAAUCAGUGAUCUACCGGUCCCUUCAUCUUGGGCAGAAAUCAUUGCCCUCAAGAUCUUGUUCCCAGGUCACUUCUUGUCAUCUGAACAUGCGGUUGUCGCCCAAGAGAAGUUCCCCAAUGCCAACCUGCAUCAGUGGAAGCUCAACGAAAACGGUCCCACACCCAGUCUAGAUUGGAUCGAUAACCGGUCCCGAUCCACACCAAGAAGCCUUUCCGAUCGUGUGACAAGAAGCGAAACAGCCCGAGAUAAUGCAGAGCUUAAGCACCCACGAUCUAGAGAGGCUGCUGACGACAUCGGAAAGAAAGAGAACCCUCUCAAGAAACGACGUUUAGCACCUACGAGUACUGUCGAAGAAAAUGCCAAAGAUGCUAUAGAUGAUACAGUCGACGAUACUAUCGAGGACAUGGUGAAGGACGUCGAAUAUUCUGUCGCCGAUCCGAGCACUUCCAAGCAGGCAAAUGCUCCCCUAUCAGAUGGCCCUGGAGACUCUGGAGAUUCUGAGGACUCCAAUGAAUUUUGGAGUGAAUUCGACGACAAGCUCGCUACAGUCCGCAAAGCAGUUAAAGAAGGCACCGAGAUCACUCCACGAAUGCUGAAUGGUCUUCGAAAGGCUCACCUAACGGAGCCCAAGAAACAGCACCCUGACGAAAUUUUCAAGGACAUCAAGAAGCAGCAUGCGCGGGAGUUGCGAAAUGUUCGAGCCAGGUAUGAAGGUGUUAUCGCAACAUGGCUCAAGGGCGUCGCGAGUGGAGUAAGGGUCCUCCAGACCACACGUCGGGAGCUCUCGAUGUCGAGCAACCACGAGGAGUAA